UGUAACCGAAUGCGCAGACCGGAAGUGAUGUUUUGUGCAUGUAAAUAAAUAAAAGGAUGUCUGGCUCCGGCCAAAGAGCUUUUGCACAGAAAUUAAAUAAGCAAGGAAAUGCUGCUGAAGUUAGGAAGCAGAUUUCCUCAACCAUUUUCAAUGAACUUCCAAAGAGUGUGAGUGGUGUCAACCUAACUGAGCACACAGAGAAUGUUGAUGUGGCUCAACCGCCGGACUUUGAAGAGUUUAUCAACCAGAACCAGUCCCUAGUGGAGCGUGACCCUUAUAGGGACAGACUGCUCUACCCUGACGAUGACGAUAUUGAAGUUCUCAAACUGCCCAAGAGAUGUCGCACUGUCUCGCAUAUUGUUCCAGAAAUAAGUGGAGACAUAGUAGACCCGCAUGUUCUGGACUGUGUUCGGCGCUACACAGCAGACUACACGAUCGUGUCCCGGCGCUACCAGCAGUACACCAACCAAAAGCAGAUAGCAGACAGGGAGUGCCGCAUACAGCAGGAGUAUGAAGUGGACAUGGAGGACAUCUGUGAACAAGACAAGGACCCGCCCACAAAGCGACAGUCCAUUCACAUGAACGAGACACCGCGGGGUAGCUGGGCCAGCAGCAUAUUCGACCUGAAGCAAUCACAGGCUGAUGCGCAGCUGCCCAACCUGUUUGACCGCGCCACGCAUGAGGAGAUUGACCGGGGCAAUGAGAUUCAGCGGCAGCAGCACCGGCAGGACACGCUAUUCUCCCUGUACCCACCACAGGAUGAGGAGGAGCAGAUUGAGAAGCGUGCGUUUGUGAUGGCUCCCACUGAACACUUUGGGCACAGAAUCCUUGUCAAGUGCCUUCAGCUUAAAUUGGAGUUGGAGAUAGAGCCUAUCUUUGCUACCAUGGCUUUGUAUGAUGCCAAAGAGAGAAAAAAGAUAUCUGAGAAUUUCUACUUUGACCUGAACUCAGAAGAGAUGCGUGGCAUGGUGAGGUUCCACGUGCCACAUGCUGACCCCUCCACCACAAGCAAGGCUGCCAUCUUCAGUAUCACCUACCCCUCCCCAGACGUGUUCCUUGUGGUCAAGCUGGAGAAGGUUCUUCAACAGGGAGACAUAUCAGAAUGUGCUGACCCUUAUAUCAGAGAAGAAAAGAACAAAGAAGACAAGUACAAGGCUAAUGCGGGCCAGUUCUGCGAGAGACUCGGUCGAUACCGUAUGCCAUUUGCAUGGACCGCUAUCUACUUGAUGAACAUCGUCAACGGUGCCCACAGCAUGGAACGAGAGGCCUCUGUAGACUCCAUGCGGUCAGAGUCGGAAAUGUCUCGAGCCGCAAGUCUGGACCGAAGAAGUGGCCUUCCACCGGGCCAGUACGAGAGCUUCAGAAAGCGCCCCAAGGAUGACGCGCAGGCCAGUCGGGCUUACAGCACAGAGCGCGGUAGACCCGGGUAUGAGAAGAGGCGCAGUUGGUCCCCUGACGACUACGGGUCCAGUCUGUCAAACUUCAGGCCUGUCACUUUGACUGUGUCCAGUUUCUUCAAACAGGAGGGGGACAAGUUGAGUGAUGAAGACCUGUAUAAGUACCUCAUAGACCUCAAGCGGCCAUCCAAUGUCCUCAAGAGGGUCAGAUGUAUACCUGGCACACUGAAGCUGGACAUCUCGCAGUGUCCAGAGGAGCAGAGGCAGGUGCUGACCGCUGACCUGUGGAAGGUUGAUCCCUACCCCGAGGACAAGCACAAGCCCAUAAAGGAGGUGCUGGAGUUCCCCACCCGCGAGGUCUUCUCCAUGGCAACCACAUACAGGAAUCUUCUUUACUUGUAUCCCAGAAGCUUAAACUUUGCAAACCGUACAGGAUCAGCCAGAAAUAUUGCAGUGAAAGUGCAGCUGAUGUGUGGAGAAGACUCCCUGGCUGUAUCUGCAAUCUUUGGGAAAUCCAACUGUCCAGAGCUGUCCAGGGAAGCUUACACAUCUGUGACCUAUCACAACAAGUCUCCAGAUUUCUAUGAGGAAGUGAAGAUCCGGCUCCCAGCUCAUCUCACAGAGUACCAUCACCUGUUGUUCACCUUUUACCACAUCUCGUGUCAGGCCAAGAAAGGGGAACCGACCCCUGUAGAAACACCUGUGGGAUACACUUGGCUGCCGUUGAUGAAGGAUGGACGCCUCUAUGUCGGGGACUUCUUCUUGCCAGUGUCUGUGGAGAAACUACCACCUAACUACUGCGUGUUGUUUCCAGAUAUUCAUACACUGCCGGGAAUGAAGUGGGUUGAUAACCACAAGGGAGUGUUCAAUGUGCAGAUACAAGCCGUCUCUACCGUGCAUACUCAGGAUGAGAAGAUAGACAAGUUCCUGUCACUGUGCAGACUUGCCCAGGAGCAGAAGCUGCCGGCGAUGAAGAACGAGGCCCAGUUGGAGAAUGAUCUCCACUACAGUCUUAGCCAGCUGAUCCACGCCAGGGGAGAGAACCUCGUCCAGUUUCUCUCUCUCAUCAUUGACAAGCUCAUACUGCUCAUGAUCCGUCCGCCCACCAUCAAGGGACAGAUAGUGAACACAGGUCAGUCUGCAUUUGACGCCAUGGCCCAGAUCGUCCAGAAGGUCCAGGGGAUGCUAGAGGACAGAAACGACUCCAACGGCCGCAACUCUGUGCUUGCCGCCUACAUCCAAUACUGCUGUACCCUUCCCCAUCCUGGCCCUGGCAAUCCAGCCCAACUUAACAUAGGCAGUGGUUACUCCACAAUGGGCCGGCCCUCCACCCUGCCUCUCAGUUCCCAGAACUAUCAGCGCAGCUCCAGCAACCCCGACCUCACCACACCAACCACACCGGACGGCGAACUAGCGGGAUUCUUUGCUAACAGAACUGGCAGUAUGAGGAAUGCUGAAGACUAUGGCCACGCAGUAGGAAGGUCCCGAAACAAAAAGCUGGUACAUGAAGAGUUGGCACUUCAGUGGGUAGUUCUCAGUGGAGCUACCAGGGAGACUGCACUGGCACAUGCCUGGUUCUUCUUUGAAAUCAUGAUCAAGAGCAUGGCGGAGCACCUGUCCAAGCUAGAUGAGCUAUGUGCGCCGCGCCAGUGUCGCUUCCCCAGCUACUUUGUGGACGACGUGCAGUCCCUGGUGCAGAUGUUGAUCAAGGACAUUGUGGAACGCUACAACAGGGACCCUCCCAUGAUUCGCAGCCUCAACACCAGCUUGGCUUUCUUCCUACAAGACUUGAUGUCAUACAUGGACCGGGGCUUCGUGUUUCAACUCAUCAGAAGUUACACCCUAGAGGUCCAACUGAAAGUGAAAGCACUACCUGACAGCACCACCUUGCAGUUGUUGCACCUCGACUUCCUGCGCAUCGUCUGCGCACAUGAGCACUUCUUCACCCUGAACCUGCCAUUUGGAACCCCUCUGACUCCGUCCACCAGCAGCAGUAGUCCCACCCCAAGUGUCGCUAGCAUCACUUCGCAGGAUUCUGCGUCGUCAUACACGUCAACCAGUACUCUGACAAACAAGGGCGUGUUUUACGAUCUGACACCAGAGUUCCAGUCUCAGCACUACCUUGUUGGCCUUGUGCUGAAGGACCUGUCCUCUUCUCUAGAUACAAACAAUCCCACGAUGCAUCACAAGGCAAUCAACGUUGUGAGCAACCUUCUCCACAACCAUGACCUUGACCUCCGGUACACUGACCUUGAAAUGAAGGCAAGGCUCGCUGCCCUAUAUCUGCCGCUUAUUGGCAUCGUCAUUAAAGCAUUGCCCCAGCUGUAUGACCCAAACACUGAGGGGCGUUACCGUAGUGAUGAGGAAAUGGACACAAUAAGUCAGCGGGUAGCCAUGGCGAUCGCAGGACAGAAUUUGUUUGGUCGAUUCUCUGACAGUGGUCAAAGCCACGGAGAUAUUAGUGCAAAGAUCCGGAAGUGCCAACUGAAUGCUGAGGACACCCGUAACCUGUUGAUCUGCUUCCUCUGGGUGCUGAAGAACGUUGACAAGUCCCUGCUCCGCCACUGGUGGGCGGACAUCCCAAUCAACCGACUCAACUGCAUUCUGGAGAUUGUCUACUUUGCUGUCUCCAACUUCGAGUAUCGAGCCAGUUGGACUAAGCAAAACUUGGCCGUAAUGUCCCACAUGACUGAGUCCCAAGAAACUUUGGAGGACUGGAAAGAUAGCUCGUCAAACACGCUCUCCCGUUUAAAAAGCGCGAGCCUCCCAAAGUCACUCUCGAAAAGUGACCUCUGGGAAGGGUUUAAGAAGAAUUCUCAAGAUUUUCUCAAAGGCACUGGAAUGCUCAUUCGAUCCAACAGUAAGGAUGAUUCAGCCAAUCAGCAGGGAAAGAAGAGCAUGGCUCAGUUUUCCCAGCAAACCAUGAAGAAAAGUGUGGACAUGAAAUCCCGCCUGGAAGAGGCCCUCUUGGGCGGGGGCAACGCCCGCGCAGAGAUGAUGCGACGUCGACAGAGCGCUAACCUGAGCUCAAUGACAAAUCUCACUGGUGACCGUACACCACCCACUAUGAACCCUAUGUCAACCAUGGACAAUGGCAGUAAGCUGCGCUGGAGGAAGGAGCAGGUGCUGUGGAGACCCGCACAUGAACAAUUUGACAGCACGAAGCCUAGAGAUGUGGAGGCAGAUGCCCACAUUGAGGGUAACCUGGCUGCAGAGGUCAGCAUGGUGGCCUUGGACACACUGGAGCUCAUCAUUCAGAUUGCUCAGAGCUUGGAGCUGAUGCAGCCCUUGCUGAGCAGUGCACUUAGGGUGCUAUUGCACUGUCUGAGACUCAACCAGAGUACAUACGUACUGCAGCACAUGUUCAGUACACAGAGGUCACUCGUCACCAAGUUCCUCGACCUGCUGUUUGAGGAGGAGACGGAGCAGUGCGCUGACCUGUGUCUGAGACUGCUGCGCCACUGCAGCUCCUGCAUAGGCAACACUCGUGCGCAGGCUAGCGCCUCACUGUACAUGCUCAUGAGGCAGAACUUUGAGCUCGGAAAUAAUUUCUCACGAGUAAAGAUGCAAGUGACGAUGUCCCUGAGCUCUCUGGUUGGUCAGAACCAGAACUUCAACGAGGAGUACCUGCGCAAGUCCCUCAAGACGAUCCUCACGUACGCAGAGGCUGACACUGAACUUCAGGAGACCACCUUCCCAGUGCAGGUGAAGGACCUGGUGUUCAACCUACACAUGAUCCUGUCGGACACUGUGAAGAUGAAGGAGUUCCAGGAGGACCCUGAGAUGCUCCUCGAUCUUAUGUACCGCAUUGCCAAGGGAUACCAGACCUCCCCCGACCUGCGGCUCACCUGGCUACAGAACAUGGCCACAAAACAUAGCGAUAGAGGCAACAAUGCUGAGGCUGCCCACUGCCUAGUUCAUGCUGCAGGUCUCAUUGCGGAGUAUCUCAACAUGCUGGAGGACAAGACAUACCUGCCAGUGGGCUGUGUCGAGUUCCAGAAAAUAACUCCCAAUGUGCUGGAGGAGAGUGCUGUCUCCGAUGACAUUGUCUCCCCUGACGAGGAAGGCAUCUGUACAGGCAUGUACUUCACUGAGAAUUUUCUGGUUGGUCUACUGGAACAGGCAGCUAGCUGCUUUACCAUGGCUGGUAUGUAUGAAACCCUGAGCCAUGUCUAUAGGGUGCUCAUUCCCAUCCACGAACACAACAGAGACUUCAAGAAGCUGGCACAGCUGCAUGGCAAACUGCAGGAUUCCUUUAGUCAAGUCAUCAAGCAGGAAGGAAAGCGUAUGUUUGGAACAUAUUUCCGGGUCGGAUUUUAUGGUCACAAGUUUGGUGACCUUGAUGGGGAAGAGUUUGUCUACAAGGAGCCCUCUAUAACAAAACUGUCGGAAAUUUCACAUCGCCUGGAGAGUUUCUAUGGAGACCGAUUUGGGCAUGAUGUUACAGAAAUCAUUAAGGAUUCAAAUACUGUAGAAAAAGAAAAACUGGACCCGAAUAAGGCAUACAUACAGAUCACCUAUGUGGAACCUUACUUUGACUCUUAUGAAGUGAGGGACCGCGUUACGUACUAUGAGAAAAACGUCAACAUCAAGCGGUUCAUGUAUGCGACGCCCUUCACCCUUGACGGUAGAGCCCAUGGGGAGCUCCAUGAGCAGUACAAACGCAAGACCAUCCUCACCACUGUGCACUUCUUCCCCUAUGUCAAGACACGGCUGUCCGUCAUCAACAGAGAACAGGUGAUACUGCUACCCAUCGAGGUGGCGAUUGAAGACAUCAUGAAGAAGACAAAGGAGCUGGACAUUGCUCUCCGUCAGGACCCGCCGGACACCAAGAUGCUGCAGAUGGUCAUGCAGGGAUGUCUGGGCACCACUGUGAACCAGGGACCGUUUGAGGUUGCCAACGUGUUCUUGAAGGAUGUGGCAGAGGGCAAGGCAGUGGGCAUGAAGCACCACAACAAGCUGAGACUCUCCUUUAAAGAUUUCUUAAAGAAGUGUUGUGAUGCACUGCACCGUAACAAGUCGCUUAUCACACCCGAACAGAAGGAGUAUCAGCGGGAGCUGGAGCGUAACUACCACUCCAUCAAGGCCAAGCUGGCACCCAUGAUCUCCCCCAACUCUACCACCUUGAAACGAACCAAGCACCAUAAACGAGAUGGAAAAGAGUCCAGGAAGCACCAGUCGUCCUCAAAGUAUUGAAUCACAAUCAUGUCCAAUUACAGCCAUCCACUUUGUAAUUGGAUAACUUAACUUUGUUUGGAGAUCUUGGGAUAAAUGGGAAAUGUUUCAUGUAUCCUGAAGUUAGAUAAAACAUGCUUUCACAAUUCUUUGUUGUAUGUAAGUCAAUAUGCUUUGUAUACAGCGUAGUUGUUCCAGGUAUAGUUCUAGUAAAUUACAGUGGUCAUGAUAUGUUUUUCAUCAUAAUAAAUGUUCUGUAGUUAAAAACUGCCAUGCUAUGAAGAUAUACAAGUUCAGUUGUUAGGCCAAUUAAGACUUCAAUUGUUGUUAAGUAACCUUACCAGUAAGGUAUAGACUUAUUACGGUUAGAAGUUACUUUAGUUACUGUUGAAUAAGCAUCAAGUUUAUCAACAAAACUUCUAAAACCUAAAGCCUUAUAAUUUCAAGUAAUAAUAAAUUCUUGUUUACAUACUGUGUCAUUAUUUUCUCUAAUGUGCUUGUGUAAGUUCAUUUAAACACAUUUUUAUAUUGAUAUCCGCUGUAUAAUUAUUGUUUUAUACACUGAUCAUACUUUGAAAAACAAACAAAAUAAAUGUGUUCAUACAUAUCUGACUUAAAAAUGGUAUAUCAUAAAAAGUAUAAUAAUUACAUUAAUCUUGUAAAUAGUCCUUCACUAUGGCAUUACAUUUAAUGCUAAAUUAUGAUUGCAUAAAAUGCAAAUUAUUUUAUUUUACAUAGAAUAAAAUGCGGUAUUUCCUUAUUAUGUAUUCACCUAGAAUCUCUUAUUCAGUUUUGUUUAGCAACAUGUAUGGCAUAAAAUGACAAAGUCAUUUGAUUGUUUUGUUCUAUUACUCUUAUUGCCUUAUCACCAUGUAUACGAUUACACUCAAAAUGCAUAUUAGAGGCUUUUCACAUAGUUAUUACCAUUGUACUGUUACAAUGGCUGUAAUCCUUGGAACAAAAAUUUGUAUCAUAGAACUCCUGUAGGUUUUGAUGUAUUUCUUGUACCAAACAAUGCAAAAUGUUAAAAUGUCAAUGUUUAAUAGACAUGUUACAUAUACGCCCUCACAGUAUUGGAGGCAUUAAGCAUUGUACUUGUCGAUCUGUUGGUACGUACAAAGUUACCAAAGCUUUUGUUUUAAACUCCUCUUUAACUACUGGGUUGAUCUCAGUCAAACUUUUACAGUUUCGUGACCUUAAUGUUUAGAUGAUCGUAAGUCAAGGAUUUUGGGCUGGGAUGAAUUUUUUUUAGAAUAAUAGCCCUUUUCUGUUUUACCAUUCUAGAAAAAAACCAGCCUAAAACAUUUGUAUGCU